AUGGAGAAGCUGCCCGUAGAGAUUCUUGCUAAGAUAAUUGAUUAUCUCACGCCACAUGAGCAGGUACAGCUUCAGUCUGUCUCAAAGCGAUUCUUCGGGCUCGCGCGGGACAAUAGCCUAUGGAGACUCCAUUGUUAUGAGCAGUCAUGGGCCGCCGCACACGCCUCUCACUCGGCUAACAGGGCCUCGGCACGCCGUGUCACAGAUUCCACUACGCCCCUUAGCUCGUUGGGCCAAACUUCUCUUCGCUCCCUAAUCCAACCAGAUACUUCGCUCUCGAACGGGGAUCAGAAUGUGUCAUUUGCUGAACGGUCAAGAGCGGCGGCAACGUGGGAUCCGUCGUACGAGGGUGAAGAUAUCGACUGGUAUUCGGAGUAUAUCGCUCGGAAUGGUCCGAUAUCCUUCAAUUGGCUCCAGCAGCCCUUUGCAAAAGAAAACCUAGGGAAAAAGACGCACCGCGAGGUCAAAGGUAUGGGAUUGCUCCGGGAUUGGAGCUCUGCGCGAGAGAACAAGGCUAUCGCACCAUUAGACGACGGCAGUGUUUGCAUUUGGGAUCUCAACCAUUCCCACUCAAUCGGGUCUCAGUCUACCAAGGGCCGGAUCCUUGGAGUUAGCCAGCCGGGCAUCCUAAUGGCUAAUCUAUCCGGCCGGAGGGAUAACUCGGCGGCCAAAUCAGGGCUGGAGUUUAUCAAUCUUGGGGAAUGUGUGAGCGUGGACUCAAUUCGUCGAAGAGCAUAUCUUGCCGUUGCCAAUGUGUUGAAUGAAGUUGAUCUCGAGACGCUGAGCGUAAUCUCACAGCAGCGUUAUCCCUGGUCGAUCUUUGCCCUAUCUCAAGAGACGGAUUACUCUGUGCCAUUAACUCUAGCUACUACGUUGAGCCUUCAUAUAUACGAUGGUCGGCUAUCUGCCACCGAGGAAGAAGAGGCGAUUAAUCUUCGGUGUGAGAAACCAACACUUUCGUUGGUCCCGAAAUCACAGAUCUAUGCUCCUCCGGAUUCCCCCCUUCUCCAACUUCGACCCAACGGGCAGCCUCCCCAUCGAAUACGAAGCCCCAACCCCUUGGAGACAGGUGAGGACUAUGCUCCUUUAUUCCAACCAGGACCACUUGCCCUACUGCAUCCCCCCGCCCCCCACGUGAAUUCCAUAUUCCUCGCCGGGCGAUUCCCAAGCAUCUUGCAAUAUGACCGACGAUUUUUUCCCCGGCUGCAGAACACGAUUCACUCAGGAGGUCGAUUAUGCGGCCUCGCCUCUGUCCCAGCACCACAGUUUCCUGUGUCUUCUGGGUCGUCCUGCCCAGACUCACAUAAGGUUGUCGCUUGUGGUGAAUACAAAGGCAAAGGCUCCCUUGAGCUAUACAGCCUUAUGCCGUCGGGUGCGCAAGGAGAGAACGGACCAUCGGAUGUAUCAUCCAGCCUAACACCUGUGUAUCAAAACCGACAGAGUUCUGCGAGCUUGAAGGUGUUAUCAGUCGAGUCGCACGGCACCCGUAUAGUCUAUUCUGACGGAGAUGGGAACAUUAAGUGGGUUGAACGAGACGGCCAAGCCGAAGUUCGUCGGUUCAACAUCAACGACUACAAACCUCGUCGGAAGAAUGAACAAGACUUGACUGGAUCCAGCACUAAUAUGCAUGGUGAGAACGAAGAGGCCCGCGGCCUGUGGAACGACUCAUCUAGUCCUCGGAGCCACGACGAGGUUGCUCGGAAGAUUCUACCCACCGGCGGAAAUUUAACGGGAGAUGAACUCCUCGUCUGGACAGGCGAACGUGUUGGUCGCAUUAGAUUCGCCGAUACGGAUGGCUACGAUGAAGAUGAAGAGGAAGAUGAUCUCAUCGAUCUCAGUGAAGAUAUGGACGGUGCUAAGCGUGAGGAGUUACGAAACAGAAGACGUGAGUUCCGGAUGCGGGAGCGCGAAUAUUCCAGCAUGAUGCGGAGAGCUUUGGAAAGACAGGCCGAUGAAGUACGGCGGAUGGGUGGCUUAGGGCUGUAA